AUGGAGGACGUCGAUAUUGCGCCAGAAUCUCUCUUUCGCCCUGCGAAGCGACGCAAGUUCAUCCGACGCCGACAAGAUGAAGACGAAGAGACAGAGACCAGUCGCGACACAACAACCACCACUAGUACAACAGACCAGAGACAUAUAGCAGAUGGCCAGUCCAAGCUAGAAGACGACGAGGAAUCCACACAAUCUACUGGCGUCGUCCGUUUGCGACGCCCCAAUCCUGCUCGAAAAGGAGGAAUUGGAUUCUCCGCCACAUCGCGACCCGGCCAAAAUGCAAACCGACAAUCUUCUGCCCUGGUGCCAGGGAGGGACUCCGAAAAAGAGAGCAUACGCGACAUGACGGAGCGAUUUACGGGCAAUGCUGGCCAGACGGUGGACGUAGAUAGGCACAUGAUGGCCUAUAUAGAUUCCGAAAUGGCUAAACGAUACCGACACAGCCCGUUACCAGAGAACGAGGAACAACAAAAUCAAUCAGUCUCGCAGCACUCCGAGAAACCGACAGGAGCAGGAGCAGGAGCAGGACAACCGGAGCGCGAACCCGCUUCACUGGGCAGAUUACACGAAAUCGACCUCGGCCAAGAGGCCAAGCUGCGCAACAUUGAGCGCACCGAAGCAGCAACACGAGGCUUCGCCUCCGGUGAAUCACAACCAGAUCGCGAUCGACCCGGUCCAGCAGAAGACUCCAAGUCCCGACGAAAUCGCAAAGGACGGACCAGCGCCGAUAUCGAACGAGACCGGCUCGUGGAGGAGGUGUUACGUGAGAGCAAGCUGGACGUCUACGACGAGCCCGAAGAGGAACUAAAUCUCGACGACCAAGCCGCCGACGACCGGAUCGCAGAGCAAUUCCGGCGCGACUUUAUGGAUGCGAUCCAGUCGAGGCGCCGGGCUCGCACGAAUACAAAGCCAGCGACUACCAGUGGUGGCACUGGUAGUAAGGUGGAACCGCCCAAGGGACCAAAGCUUGGGGGUAGUCGGAGUGCGAGAGCUGCGAUGCGCGAGAUGCAGAGUAAAAAGUGA